CAUACUUCAUAAAAGAAACCUCAGUUCGUUUCUAGAACGUUGAUUAGUGAGACCGUCGGUGUUUUUAAGUUUCACUUUCAUGCACGAAGCAUAUUAUCUGUGAUCAAAAAGUAAUUAUAAUGGGCCAUUAAACUGCGUGCUUUGAAGGAAUCGAGAAAAUAUUUUUUUUUUUUAGAUUGUUACAUAUAUAGAACAGCCAUUGAAAUUAAACACAACUUGAAUACGAAUAAUCGGUGUGUACGCAGAGUUUCUUCUUUAAAAUGAUCGUGAAGACCCUGGUUUCACAGUUGCUGCUUUUGUUAAUCUUCUACGACCAUGUAACAAGUCUGAUUAUACCAGAAGAGCUUCCGACAAUCCUAAGUUUGAUAUAUUCCAAUAUAUCGCCUAUUAAAAAAGGAACUGAUUCCAGAUUUGGCGUGGGUUUUCGAUUAGGUGAACACGCGGAUUUUCAAAUUCUUGUCGAACUAGGGCCACAGACUGAGACAGAUUCAAUAGGUACAUCUAACGAUGCCAAAAGGCGACGAGAUGCGAUGGUAAAUGCUGCGAUGAAGGGAGAGCUAGGACCAUUGGCACAAGCGGUAGCUAAAUAUCAAAUAAACCGUAAAAUCCAAAAAGAAAUGGAUGAACUCAAAAUAAUAGAAGAGAAACUUAAAAAAAUUAAAAUGGAGAAUACAAAGACUCAAGAUAAAUUUAAAAAAGAAGAAGCUUCACGUGUACGUCGAUGAAGAAACUGCAGCAACAUGUAUUGUAGCGGACGAAACAGAGUUAUUCUAUGCCUUUUAAGUGCAUAAUAUCAAUUUAUUGUUAUGCAAAUGUUCUUAAAUAUAUAUACCAACCACAAAAUUCUGAUAAUUAUUUCUUUCCAAGGUAUUCUACUGUCGUGAUAAAAUUUAUUCAUUAAUAUAACAACUCUAGAAGCAAAAUCGGUUGAUAAUGAAUCACGUAUAUAACAAUCAAAUGUUAAUCGACAAUCUUGAUAUAUAAUGCUUUAUUAUUUUUAAAUCAAAUCUUUCUUGUUUAAAUUCGAAUUAUAUUUUUUUAAAUAGUUUUAAAUAGUUUUUUCUUCCUUUUUUUUGGUGUUUCAAAGUUUAAUCCAUUUGAUAUAUUAUUUGAUGCAUGUGCAAACAAAACAUCAAAUGCACAUUAAAAUAUGUACAUAUUAGAAUUCUAUUUUUGAAUUAUAUUCCUUACAUGCUGUGUUUAAAAAGUUUAUUUUUUUUUGUGCUUCUAAGUUUAUAGUUUAUGCAUUGUACAUAUAUAAAAAUAUAAAAUAUAUUUAAAGAAAGUAAAAAUAAAUAUUUCUUUUA